AGGUUUGAAGAAGAAAAAAGUGCAACUGCAGAGGAGGAACAAGCGGGCCGAAAGGUCCUUCCCGGGUUUUUUUUUCCUUCUUCUUCUUUUGGAUCAGUGCGUCUUUCAGCUCCGGACACUUUGGGAACCAGACUCGUUUCAGGCUGUGCGGAAACUUUUCCUCUCUUUCUGAAGCGGAGCGCAGAGUCGCGUUUCUCAAGAGAGGAGGAUGUCAACUUCAGAGGAGACAGACGGGCCCCGGCCGAGAUAUGGCUCGGUCCUGGAUGGCGUGGAGCGGCUCACAGCCGAGGAGAUGGACGAGCGGCGGCAGCAGAACAUGGCCUACGAGUACCUGUGUCACCUGGAGGAGGCCAAAAGAUGGAUGGAGGCCUGCCUGGACGAGGAGCUGCCUCCCACCACAGAGCUGGAGGAGGGGCUGAGGAACGGCGUCUAUCUGGCCAAACUGGGAAACUUCUUCGCCCCGCAAACCGUUUCGCUCAAGAAGAUCUACGACCGCGAGCAGACGCGUUACAAGGCCACAGGUCUUCAUUUCAGACACACAGACAACGUCAUUCAGUGGCUCAACGCCAUGGCGGCGAAGGGGCUGCCGAAGAUCUUCUACCCCGAGACAACAGACAUAUACGACAGAAAGAACAUGCCGCGCUGCAUCUACUGCAUCCAUGCACUCAGCCUGUACUUGUUCAAGCUGGGCUUGGCUCCUCAGAUCCAGGAUCUUUAUGGAAAAGUCGAUUUCACCGAGGAGGAGAUCAACAACAUGAAGAGCGAGCUGGAAAAGUACGGCAUCCAGAUGCCCGCCUUCAGCAAGAUUGGCGGGAUCCUGGCCAAUGAGCUCUCAGUGGACGAAGCAGCACUGCAUGCCGCUGUGAUCGCCAUUAAUGAGGCUAUCGAUCAGGGGGUACCGGAGGGCACGCUGGCCGCCAUGCAGAACCCCAACGCCAUGCUGGUCCAGCUGGAUCCCAGCUCCGCCAGCCAGUACCACGACACGCUGUACCGGGCCAAAGGGGAGAAGGUGGCCAACUCACGCAAACGGCAAAUGGAGAAUGCAGACGCAGAGAGAGACAUCUACGACGAGCUCCUCACACAGGCUGAAAUCCAGGGCAACGUCAACCAAGUCAACGUGAGCAACGCGCUGAGUGCUGCUGAGAAGGCUCUGCUGAGCGGCGAUGAGGAGAAGCUGUAUGAGGCGCUGAAGGCCCUGGGCAUUCACAACCUGCAGCCUCAGAACAAAAGCUGGUACCUGAAACAGCUGCAGGGGGACCGCGAGAACAAGGAGCAGUUGUCUCCAGGAGAAGCGCUGACCAAAGACGAGCUGCAGGGCGGCGUGGACUUGGCCAACGAGACAGCAGAAGGCUAUCUAAAGACGCUCAAAGCUGUCGAGCGCAUCAACGCCGCCAUCAGAGCAGGAGUGGCGGAGACGACGGUGCAGGAGCUGAUGAACCCCGACGCUCAGCUGCCCGAGGUCUACCCCAGUGCUGCCGACCUCUACCAGAGAGAGCUCUACAGCCUGCAGCAGCAAAGCCAGGAGGGCUCCCUGUCCCACCCUGAGCUGCUGGUUGCGGUGGAGAUGCUGUCUGCCGUGGUGCUGAUGAACCAGGCGAUGGACGUUGGAGACCGAGCCGCUCUCUGGAGACAGCUGUCCAGUGCCGUCAGUGGUCUCAGUAACGUGGAGGACGAAUACGCACAAAGGUACAUGGAUGAGCUGAUGCGCCUGAAGGCAGCCGCCAGAGAGGACGGCAGCGACUAUCUCACCUGGAACGACAUCCAGGCUUGUAUCGACCAGGUCAACCUGACUGUGCAGGAGGAGCAUGAGCGAAUUGCAGCCAUCGGUCAGAUCAACGAAGCCCUGGACGAAGGAGAUCCCAUGAAGACGCUGGCCAUGCUUCAGAACCCCUCGGCCAAGCUGACCGACGUGGAUCCAUCUAUCGCUCAGCACUACCACGACAAGCUUCUGGAGGCGCGCAGGGAGAAGGCUCACGAGACACAGGACCCCUCUGCUGUGCUGUGGCUGGAUGAGAUCCAAGAUGCCAUUUCAAAGGCAAACCAAGACACCAGAGAGGCUUUGUUGUUCUCUCAGUCCAUCCAGGGAAUCAACGAGGCAGUGGACACCAGAGAUGCAGCCCAGACUCUGGCCGCUUUGCGUCACCCCGGAGCGGGACUGUACGGCGUCACCUCCGAGUGUGCGCAGACGUACCAGGACAACAUGUCCAAGAUUAAAGACGAGAAGAAGAAAGACGGGGACAAUGGCAGCGAGUGGGUGAAACACUGGGUGAAAGGAGGACACGACUACUACUACAACCUGAAUACCAGGGACGGCACCUGGGUGGAGCCAGAGAACUUUGUGCAGAACAACACGCAGCUCAACAAAGACGACAUCCAGGGCGUGGUUUCCGGGGUAACCACAGCCUACAAUCGAGAACAGCUGUGGCUGGCUAACGAGGCCCUUAUCAGCAAGCUACAAGCCCGUUGCCGUGGCUACCUGGUGAGGAAAGGCGUGAAGGAGCGGAUGGACUUCCUGCAGUCGCAAGAUCCUGCUGUUGCAUGCAUACAAGCUCACUGGAAAGGCUACAAGCAGAGGAAGAAGUUCAAGGACCGCAAGCAGUAUCUUAAGGACCACUCUGACGAGGCUGUCAAGAUCCAGGCUAUGGUUCGGAUGCAUCAAGCCAGAAAGAAGUACAGGGAUCGUCUGCAGUACUUUAAAGAUCAUAUCAAUGACGUGAUAAAGAUUCAGGCUUUCAUUAGAGCCAACAAGGCCAGAGACGACUACAAGACACUGAUCAGUGCUGACGACCCUCCCAUGGCGGUGGUGAGGAAGUUCGUCCACCUGCUGGACCACAGCGAUCAGGACUUCCAGGAGGAGUUGGAACUGAUGCGCCUCCGCGAAGAGGUGGUGACCAACAUCCGCUCCAACCAGCAGCUGGAGAACGACCUGAACCUGAUGGACAUCAAGAUCGGCCUGCUGGUGAAGAACAAGAUCACCCUGCAGGAGGUGGUGUCUCACAGCAAGAAGCUGACCAAGAAGAACAAGGGCCAGCUCUCCGACAUGAUGAUGAUGAACAAGCAGCGGGGCGGCCUGAAGGCUCUCAGCAAGGAGAAGAGGCUCAAACUGGAAGCCUACCAGUACUUAUUUUACCUGUUACAGACCAACCCCACAUAUCUCGCCAAGCUGAUCUUCCAGAUGCCUCAGAAUAAAUCGACAAAGUUCAUGGACUCCGUCAUCUUCACUCUGUACAACUACGCCUCAAACCAGAGGGAGGAGUACCUGCUGCUGAAGCUCUUUAAAACUGCUCUGCAAGAGGAAAUCAAGUCGAAGGUGGACCAGAUGAAGGAGGUUGUCACAGGAAACCCGACCGUAAUCAAGAUGGUGGUGAGUUUCCACCGAGGUGCGCGGGGACAAAACGCGCUGCGGCAAAUCCUGGCGCCAGUCGUCAAGGAGAUCAUGGACGACAAAACGCUAAACAUCAAGACAGAUCCAGUGGACAUCUACAAGAGCUGGGUGAACCAGAUGGAGACGCAGACCGGAGAGGCCAGCAAACUGCCGUAUGACGUGACUCCAGAGCAGGCGAUGGCUCACGAGGAGGUGAGGACGAGGCUGGAAGCCUCCAUCAAGAACAUGAAGACCAUCACUGACAAAUUUCUCUCUGCAAUCAUCGUGUCGGUGGAUAAAAUUCCAUACGGGAUGAGGUUCAUCUCCAAAGUGCUCAAGGAUACGCUUCACGAGAAGUUUCCAGACGCUUCAGAGGACGAGCUGCUCAAGAUUAUUGGGAACCUUUUGUAUUAUCGCUACAUGAACCCGGCCAUCGUGGCGCCCGACGCCUUUGACAUCAUCGACGUGUCUGCUGGCGGCCAGCUGACCACUGAGCAGCGGCGAAACCUGGGCUCCAUCGCCAAGAUGCUGCAACACGCCGCCUCCAACAAGAUGUUUUUGGGAGACAACGCCCACCUCAAUCCCAUCAAUGAAUAUCUCAGCGCCUCCUACCAGAAGUUCAGACGCUUUUUCUUGGCAGCAUGCGACGUUCCUUCACUGGAAGAUAAGUUCAACGUGGAUCAAUACUCCGACUUGGUCACAGUCACCAAGCCUGUCAUCUACAUCUCAAUUGGAGAGAUGAUCAACACUCAUACACUGCUGCUGGACCAUCAAGAUGCUAUUGCCCCUGAGCACAAUGACCCCAUCCACGAGCUGCUGGAGGACCUGGGUGAGGUUCCCACUGUGGAGUCCCUCAUUGGUGAAAAUCCUCUUCCUGCUGAUGACCCCAACAAGGAGCAGAUGGGGAAGACCGAGGUUUCACUCACACUCACAAACAAGUUCGAUGUCCCUGGUGAGGCCAAUGCUGAAAUGGAUGCCAAGACUCUCCUCCUCAACACCAAGAGGCUCAUUGUGGAUGUGAUUCGGUUCCAACCUGGAGAGACUUUGACUGAGAUCCUGGACUCAACAGCCAGCACAGAACAGGAAGCGGAGUACCAGCGUGCCAUGCAGAGGAGGGCCAUCAGGGACGCUAAAACUCCAGAAAAGAUGAAGCAGGUCAAACCAGUGGUGGACGACAGCCUGACCCUGCAGGGAAAGAAAGACAAGAUCAAGAGCAACCUGCAGCGGCUGGCAGAGCUGGGAAAGGUUCACCCGGAGAACCGCUAUCAGGACCUCAUCAAUGACAUUGCCAAGGACAUCAGAAACCAGAGACGGUAUCGGCAGCGUAGGAAAGCCGAGCUGGUGAGACUUCAGCAGACCAACUCUGCCCUGAACUCAAAGGCCAAGUUUUACAGCGAGCAGUCCGAUUAUUACAAUCGGUACAUCAAGUCCUGCAUGGAGGGCCUCAACAGAAAGGCCAAAUUGUCGAAGAAACCAGGCGACAACAAGGCCAAGAAGAGUAAACAAGUUUCGCAGAAAUACACAGCCUCUCGCCUCCAUGAGAAGGGUGUGCUGAUCUCCAUAGACGAUCUGCAGCCCAAUCAGUUCAAGAAUGUCAUCUUUGAGAUUUCCCCAUCAGAGAGUGUUGGAGUGUUUGACGUGAAGGCCAAAUUCAUGGGUGUGCAUUUGGAGACAGUACCGUUAGAAUAUCAGGAUCUCCUUCAGCUGCAGUAUGAAGGUGUGGCGGUGAUGAAGCUCUUCGACAAAGCUACCGUCAAUGUCAACCUGCUCAUUUUUCUGCUCAACAAGAAGUUUUAUGGGAAAUAGACAAAAUCAACAAAGCAAAAAGGGCCACAGACACUGAAUUAAAACCACAAAACCCCUAUAGCAGGGUUCUUUGCCGAUGCAAACCAUCACCAUAUGUGCUUUAUUCUUCAAGGAUCAUUCCAUUGUGCAAGUUUUUUUAAUUGUUCUGUAACUGCAGCUAGGUCGGAGGUUUAAAUACUGUAUUUUUUUCUUUGCUUUUUAAAUAUUAUGAAUGUCUUGUGCAUGGGCUUUGAUUAAUUGAAAGUAUAUGUUUUAUGUAAAGAUGGAGAUUUAUGUCUUUCUUAGCUGUUUAGUUUAUUUGCUCACCUGAUUGACAGAGACUUGUUCAGGGUCUCCAUUUUUUUCAAUCAAUAAUAUGCUGGCAUUUUAGUAUUUCGCUAGUCCAAAGUUGGACUUUAUCGAAGGCAAUUUGUAAAAAUAACAACCAAAAAAACUUCACUGAGGAGGAGAAAUUGAUGCAUUCCUUCUUUGCCAUGUUUUUCUAAUUUUGAAAACCUUGUAUUUAAAGUAUUUUUGUCACUCUUGAUCUGCCCUGACCAAGCUGACUUCUUAACAGUAAAAUUUUUGUAUACUUGACAAAAAGCGGUGUUAGAGACGCAUUGCACAGCAAAAAGCAGCGCUCAUAUUGAGCUGUUUAUCACUUUCAAACAACCUAAUUUGAUGUAUGAGUCUUGCCAGAUUCAAUACGGCCAACUUGAGUCCAUUUUGUCAUAAAUAAAGUUUCACAGGUAUUUAAUCUUCAUGUUAGAAUGGAUUUUUAUUUUUUAUUCUGUCUUGGACCAGACACUGCUGACUUUCACUGCAGCUCAGGUUCUGCUGUCUGACCUGCAGAGCAUUUCUGCUUCUCGCUCUGUGAAGCUUGAGCAGGAGUGACGAGGCAUCCGCAGAGCUGAGCAAAUGGGUUCGUUCGUGAGUUUUUCUCAGAUGACUUACUGGAAAUUAUUAUCUUUAUUAAUCUCUCAUGGGAUGUUUCUCCUGAUUUAUUGUGGCUUUGCAACAAUCCACGAAGUAAACGCAGCAUCAUUGUAUUUCUUAAUCCAUAAGGCCAGGUCAGAUUUAGAAGUUAUGUGGAAAGCUAACUUUGUUUUUUUUUUUUUUCAUUUCUUGUUGAAAAUACUUUAAAAAAAAAAAAAAGCCCUUAUUUAUAUUUUAUAUGUUGUCAGUCUGCAUCAUACUGUAGCAAAUUUUUGUAAAACCUAAGAGGGAUCAGACAAGGGAACUUGAGGUGGUGCAGUAUUACAGGAACUUGUUUUUCCAGUAGAUGUCACUCUAAGCCAUCCUUGUCAGUGCAUUGAAGUGGAAUCAUUUAUUUCAAUAAGCCUAAAAUUGAGAUUCCAUGCACACCCACUAAGUUGAUUUACUUUCUCAUGUAGAGCUGCCAGAAUCCAAGGCAAGCACUUAAAUUGAUUUGACGUUGACGCUCUCAUUCUCAGUAAAAUGUACGAUACCUGUUAAUAAAACUCUACCAACAAAGUACCCUUUUCCUGAUCUUUCAAAUAUCUCUCAGGCAGUGUUGGACUGUAGAAAAUCAUGUGGCGUCUUAACUGUCUGCAUUUCCAUUCUGAAAUAUUGUUACUUUAUUUCUUUUCUGUUGAAAAGAGAUAUAAAGAUUUCACAAAAACUAUCUGUUCUUUAACUUUCAAAUCAAGUGGAGAUUUGAGUUAUCGCAACUGUCUCUCUUUUUAAUGUAUCAUUGCACCAUGCAAAAGUUUGUCAAUGUUUAUGGAACUAGCCAUGGAUGAAGGUCACCAAUAAAGUGGAAGAUAAUUAAAAAAAUUCUGUCCAUAAUUGAAAUGUUUAACAAAACCAGGGCAAUGCUGUUGUGAGGAAUAGUAUAGAAUAGUAUAAUAGUAUAGUAAAUUGUGAGAAAUGGCAUGUAGCAUUGCCUUUACCACUUAAAAAAAUAAAGGAAAUUGAUUUCAUUUGUCUUCCACUGCAUGCAACUCUGUGCCAUGUAUCAGUACAACCAAAUGUAAAGUGGAGCUAUGGAUGAGUUUUUAUAAUUAGAAUUUUAGAACACAUUAUUUUGAAAAUGACAGGUUAUGUGUAAAAAUGAAUCCAUUAGUAUAAUAACUCUUUAAACUACGUAAACUUUUAAAAUGUAGGAAGAUGGCCUGUCUACAGUU